AUGGUAUUUGUGAAGUACAAUCACACUUUAAAACGUCGUUACCAGAGGAGAGAUACAAUUGAUCAUGUUAUCCUACAAGAUAUUGAUGAUAGUAAUGAGUGGCUGGUAGGAAGAUUGGAGUCUUCUGAUGACAAUGUUGAUCUUGUCUUUGAUGGCGAUGACUUAACAUGGGAUAUGGUAAGCAGCGGCUAG